GGGUGACGUCUCCCCAGUAACGUGAUUGCUUCUUCGGAAGCAGAAACGUGUAAACGCUAUAAAACGCGGCGGCGCGGCGGGCAGCUCAGAGCGUGCGGCGGGACGGAGCUCUCCUCUUCUUCCUCCUCCUCCUUCUCCUCAUCCUCCGCCGCCGCCCCGGCAUCCGCGCAGCGGGGCAGGGCGCAGGCCCCCAAGCAGCGCAGCGCAGCGCAGCGCAUCGCUCCGCUCCGCGCCCGCCCAGCCAGCCCCUCCGGCGAACUCGCGGCUCCGUGGCGGCCAUGGAGCACCGCGGCGCCUCUCCGCGCCUCCUCGCCCUCGCCCUCCUCAGCGCCCUCUGCUGGCGGGCACGGGCGCUGCCCCCGCGGGGGGCCGCCUUCCCCGCCGUCCCGCGAUUGGGAAACAGAAUGCCAUUUGAUGGAGCCAGUGAACCUGACCAUGCCCACGGGUCAUUAAAGUCUGAAUCAGACAUUUUGCAGAACACACUACCUGAAAAUGAGAAAUUCUAUCUUGAUCUGUCCAGAAUUAUUGACAGCUCCCAGGACAGUCCUGUCAAACGCCACUCUGACGCUGUCUUCACUGACAACUACAGCCGCUUUCGAAAGCAAAUGGCUGUGAAGAAAUACUUAAACUCAGUUUUAACUGGAAAAAGAAGCCAGGAAGAGCUAAACCCCGCUAAACUUCGAGAUGAAGCAGAACUUCUUGAACCUUCCUUUUCAGAAAACUAUGAUUCUGUAGACGAGCUGCUGAGCCACCUCCCGCUGGACCUCUGAAGGACGCCUGGUAAAGUCUAUGAGAAGAACAAGUUAUUUUUGAGUUCCACAUAGUAUUUCAAAGAGAUGACUUUAGUCAUCAAACCAGAACAAAUAUGUUGUGAAGUGAAAGUUGUGAUAUAUUUGUUUCUUAUGUAAUAAAAGUUGAUAUUUACAUUGUAAAUAUUACUCUAGAGUUCUCUACUGAAAGCUGUACAUAUGGAUGCCAGUUUAACUCAUGAGAAGUCUGUGAGUCCAUAUGCUGUAAAUCCUUUAAUUCAAUAAAUUCAUUUGAAAAUGAGUGUGCAGCUGAAAAGCGCCCAUCAUUACUAAUUAAUUGGCCUGUUUUAGGUAUGGUACAACUUCAGAUAAGCCAGUAUGAUAAUAGGGAUACAUUUCCAGACAGCUUCAGAACCAAAUGUAAAAAAUAUGAGGAAAAGAAUGUGCAAAGUGUGUAAAACUGCAUUACAAAGAUGUCUGAAGGUUACUGCCAAGCCAAAGGGAAUACUUUCCUAGCAGCUUACUGAGCAACUAGACAAAAUGAAAAAGCAUUACAAACUCUCAUGGCC